AUGGAUGAGCUCCUACUACAGCUAGCAUUAGGAGACUGCUCCUCCAGCUUCAACAUGGAGAAAGCAGUGUGCAAUCAUGGCUUGUUCAUGAUGUCUCCAAAUGUUUGGAUACCUUCCACCAAAUCCCUUUACCGUCCUCUUCGACUCGCAGACUCUUCCCACUCCCUUUCCGUCACCGUUUCACACCCUCCCAACCACCCUUUCCUUGUUAUAAAAGUCCAUGGCGUUCACUCUCUCCCCUCUGCUGAUGAAGCUGCUAUAUUGGAACAAGUUGCAAGAAUGCUGAGGAUUUCAAGCAAGGAUGAGAAAGACGUGAGGGAGUUCCAAACAUUGCAUGCUUCAGCAAAGGAGAAAGGUUUCGGUCGAAUUUUUCGGUCCCCUUCCUUCUUUGAAGAUGCUGUCAAGUCCAUCCUUCUCUGCAACUGCGGGUGGAAGAGGACAUUGGCCAUGGCUCAGGCUCUCUGCGAACUUCAAGCACAAAUGGCUAAUGCUCAGUUGCAACCCAUGGGUGUAAAAUCCAAUUCCAAUCGGAAAAUUUUUACCAAAAGAUUAAAGCAUAGCUCAAAUUCAGAGUCGUCAAGGAGCAAAUUCGAUCAAUCUAGAGGGAAUUUUCCAACCUCAACAGAACUAGCUUACCUUGAUGAGAAGUAUCUAAACAAACGCUGCAAUCUUGGGUAUAGAGCUCAGUCUAUUCUUCAACUUGCUAGAAAGAUUGAGAACGGGGAAAUUGAAGAAUCUUGUGAUAUAACAUCUCACGACAAAUUGUAUCAAAAGUUGAUGAAAGUUGAAGGCUUUGGCCCCUUUGUCUGUUCCAAUAUAAUGAUGUGUGUUGGAUCAUAUAAAAGGAUUCCAUCAGAUAGUGAAACGAUCAGACACUUGAAAGAGGUACAUGGCAAAGGAAAAUGCUCUAAAAGGACAAUUCAAAAAGAUGUUGAAGAAAUUUACAGCAAGCUGGAACUUGUGGAGGAGUACGAAAAGAAAUUUGGGGUACUGAGUGAGUUGGAUAGUGCCAGCUAUCAUCUUGUUACUGGAAGCCAGCAAUCAGCGCUUAGGGAGUAA